UGAAGCCUCUUAUGUUUAACAGCUGAUUGGCUGCUGCUUCCGUCCCUCUUUCUGAACUUCAGCGCAGAGGAAUCCCUUAAAGAAUACUUGUCAAAAUGAACUUGUCGUACUUGGUAGCGUGUGGACUUAUGGUCACCCUGCUCUCAGUAAGGAUGGGGGCAAAACCUUUAUCUCAGGCGCAGCAGAAGUCUCUUAGAAGUUUGCUGGGCGAGGAGCUGGCGGAGUUUCUGGAGUCGGAGGAGAGGGAGAGGCGGCUAGACGCUGUGCGCUCUCGGAUACGGUUACUGCGAGAUUUACGCAUGGACACCCGGGCCAGAGGGAUGUGGGCCCGUCUCCUUAACGACCAACCCGCACCCAGGAGACACAAAUCCGGAAACAAGAAAGGCGGAUCGACGUCGCGGAGUGGCUGCUUCGGACAUAAGAUGGACAGAAUAGGAACCAUCAGCGGCAUGGGUUGCUAGGGUCGGAGCAGCGCUGUGAUGAUCUUUGGACGAUGGGUUUGGAUAACGAAGGUUCAAUUUGUUCUUGCCUGAGAGGGAAAAAAAGAAAAACUCACCAAGUGACGGAUUUUCGGUACGAAAGUCACCAUGACCAGCAUAAACAAAGACUGAGAUGACAAUGCUACAAAACCUUCAUAUAAAUAUAUAUAUAUAUAUAAUAGAUAGGCAGGUAUAUAUACAUAUAUACAUAUGUGUAUACUAUACAAAUGGUCAGCAGAUACAAACACAGAUGCAUACUACAAGAUGCGGACAAUGGUGUAAAAACUACAAACCGCGAAGCUGUAUAUUGUUGCUGCUGCUGCUGCUGCUGCUGCUGUACAUUCAUGUACUUCAUCUUC